UGAGCUCUUUAGCGGUCGGACUUCCCAGGAAAGUUUUUAGCAUUUUCUGUCUCCGUUCAGUCGCUGCAUAACUGGGUUUCAUUUAAAGUGGAGCGGGAAGUCGCACGGGUCCCACACGCUAUAGCUUUUCCCUUUGACACCCGAGUCUUCGCGGACUCCCCGGGAUAGAACCAUACCGGUGUGAGCGGGGGUCGUAAGAAGGCCACGGAUGAUCGAGGGAUUGUUUAUGUAUCAUUUCGGCUCCAGCACAACGAGUUAAGGGUCGGUGCGUUCUUUAUUAAUUGACCAAUAAUGAGUGGACAUCUGCCGCAGCGGCGGCAAACAAAUGUCGGGUCGAUACUACUGACACCGCAGGAAAAUGAAUGCAUCUUCAACCACCUUGGCAGGAAAUGCAUGACAUUGUCUUCAGCAGUGGUCCAGGUUUUCACAUCUGACAGGAACUCCAGUUGGAACAAGAGAUGCUGCGGAGUGGCCUGUCUGGUCAAAGACAACCCGCUGCGGUCGUAUUUCAUCAGAGUCCUCGACGUCAGGGAUGGUAAGAUGACAUUUGAACAGGAGCUGUACAAUAACUUCAGCAUCUACGUCCCCAAACCCUACUUCAUCACAUUUGCUGGAGAUACAUGCCAAGUGGGUCUGAGCUUUGCCAGCGAGGAGGAGACCAAGCGUUUCCACGGCCAUUUGACAGAGCUCGUGGGAAGACGACAGAGGAAAACUGAGAAGAGACGCGACCCUCCAAAUGGUCCCACAUUGCCCAUGGCCACCGUGGACAUCAAAAACCCGGAGAUCAACAGCAUUCAUCGCUUUCACAACAACUCUCAGGUGAACAACAUUGUGCACUCGUCCUUCCCCAAGAGGGAGAAGAAAGUCAAGGGGAAGAAGAAGAAGCUGACCAAGGCAGACAUCGGCACGCCGAGCAACUUCCAGCACAUUGGACACGUGGGAUGGGAUCCAAACACAGGCUUUGAUCUGAAUAACUUAGACCCCGAGCUGAAACACCUCUUUGACAUGUGUGGCAUCUCCGAGGCCGAGCUGAAGGACAAGGAGACCUCAAAGGUCAUCUAUGACUUCAUUGAGAAGAAAGGAGGUGUAGAAGCUGUGAAAAAUGAGCUACGGCGACAAGGUCCACCCCGGUGGUGCGCCCCUCCACCUCCUCCAUCUAGAGGUGGCCCUCCUCCGCCACCCCCUCACCACAGUUCUGCACCUCCGCCCCCUCCCCCUGCGCGAGGGCGAGGUGCCCCGCCGCCGCCCCCUCCCUCCCGAGCUCCGGUCUCUUCACACCCUCCUCCCCCUCCGACUCGGCCGGGCAUGUCCGCUCCACCUCCACCUCCACCUCCGCCAAGCAGAGGCUCCCUCCCGCCCCCACCUCCACCAGCUCAUGCCUCCAUUCCCGUGGCGCCGCCCCCGCCACCGCCUCCUCCCAUGUCCGGUGGCGGUGUGCCGCCUCCUCCGCCUCCUCCUCCGCCACCACCUGGCCCUCCACCUCCUGCUCCUCCGAUGUCCACAGACGCUAACGGGGGCGACGGCAGCCUGUCCUCAGGUGGAGGCAAGUCUGCGCUCCUGAGUCAGAUCAGAGAGGGCACAAACCUGAAGAAGGUGGACCAGAAAGAGAGGCCAGUGUCCAGCAGCACUGGCGGCGGCAGAGAUGCACUUCUGGACCAAAUCCGACAAGGAAUCCAACUUAAAGCGAGAGAGGACAAUAACGAAUCAACUCCUACCACCGCUGCCCCCUCAGCGGGCAUUGUAGGGGCCCUGAUGGAGGUGAUGCAGAAAAGAAGCAAGGCUAUUCACUCUUCAGACGAGGACGACGACGAUGAAGACGAUGAGGACUUUGAGGAUGAUGAUGAAUGGGAAGACUAGUGAUUUUUUUUGUUUGUUUUUUUCUUUUUUCCCCUGCCCUGUCCUAACUCCUGGAUGAUUACGACACUAAAAAAAUAUUGUCUUUUUAAAGUUCUAAAUGUAAAUGUUCUAUCAAUUUGCUGUAUAUUUUUGUUGCCUUUAUGCUUUUUUUUUAUGAUUAAUCUGUGCAAUACCUCAUUUAAUCUGUAAAUGUUUGUCACUUUCAUAUCUUAGGUUGAAUGUUCUUCUCGUUUCUCUGUCUGUCUGUGCGUCAUUUCUGUCUUUCGGUAGCAAAAUGUCUCAUCUGUCAUUUUAUCUUUGUCCAGCUUUUGUUUUUUUCCAUCUCUUUGUAUCGCCCUCUCUUCCUCCCACGUCCCCUGCGCUUUGAUGUUAAUCACCUCCAUCUGUCGGUUCAGCCUCUCAUCGCACAUGUCCCUCCCCGUCGCUGUCCUGCAGCGUCCAUAUCAACAUGUGCAAUUUCACAAUCUCUUCAGUCUUAGAAAAUUAAUGUUUUUUUGUUGUUUUUUUUUUCAUCGAUUGAGGGGCUUAAAAAAAUGCGGGUGGCCACAUAGAAAUCACGCCUUCAUCACGGGAAGAAAGGCAAAAGUGAACUAUUUUCAUACCCUGUUGCUCUGUAGUUUAUUUUUACUUAUUCAAGAGGAUCCUAGUUUAGCGCUCAUAUUUUCUUAUGACAAAGAAGAAGGGUGAAAAGAAAAAAAGAAAACGCUCUCGUUAGCUUCAUUCUGUCAACUGUAAAUUUGAGAGUUGUUAUAUUUUUGCACAGAUUGAAAGUGGAGACUCAUUAUGAAUAAGCUUUAAGUAAAUGAGGCAAAGUAGACUUUUAACCGUUAAACACGCCCACACUACGUACAGUAAACACAUUGUUGGCCGGCGAUCUAUUUGAAUUUUAGUUGAUUUUCUUUUGUUAUUGUCACACUACAGCAAAUUCUGACUGUUUUUGUUUUGUUUUGUUUUUUUAACAGUAGCGUAUGCUUAUUGGGAAUCAGGUUAUAAUAUACAUUGUGUAAAUCUUGAGGAAUAAAGACAUUUCUUUUUUUUAGUCUCACACCUGAAGCUUAUACUGGGUGUUUUGUGGUUAUGGCUGCGCUGCUGAGCAGAAACGGCGGCACAAAAUGUGGAGUUCUCCCUCCUUUUAGACGCUGAGCUGCUGACAAAUGACGGGGUCAAGUCAUGGCAUUAUCCAACGAGUGCAUUAAGGUGUGUUACAUAGUUAAUCCCUUCAAAGCCCAAUAGAUUGUGCUUUUUUUAAAACGGCAUAAAUAAAGAUUCAUCAGGGAGUUGUUAAACUCAUCCGGUCAGGAUAAAAAGGUUAAAAUAAUGUUGUUUUUUUAGCAGUUCCUUAUGUGGAGACUCUGCACUUCAAUAACCAACCUGCAUUUUCUCUUUUAAAGAAAGCAAAAACAGCAGCUUCUGCAGCCGUUCAUUCUAAAGUCUGCUGGAACAGCAGCUGGACCUGAAAGAACACAUACACAUUUAGUGUGAGAGGUAACCAGAACGGGAAAUAAAAGACGGGAUUGUGUGCUGAAAUGUCUCCAAACUAUUUUUUUUUUUUUGUUUUUAUAUCGUUUUAUAAUUGACAUUUUUGGUCUCUGAAAGACAAGUUGCCACUAGUUUGAUGUAAGAACUGACCCUGUGUUGUCAAAUAUAUUCUUUUUCAAGGGAAAAGGAACACCUGGGCCAUGUUUUCGCAGAUGUUCGUGUCUUGAGGUAACUCGGUUAUAAUAAGGUGUUCUGGACGCCGAGCCUUUUUCUCAAACAGGCUUGACAAACUCAUACAUUAUACACUCCAAUAAAAGGUUGACAUUUA